CAUACUUGCGUUCCAUCAAAGACAGAAGUCGAGACGGCGACGCUUGGUACCGCGGACAAAAUCACUAGCCCGUUGUACAGUUACCGGGCUUCUGUAAAGGAUGCUCCGACCAUUUCGCGGAACCCUUGCCCUCGUAGUGCGCCACUUCUCGGCGGAAGCGGUGGUGGACAAGGCUGUUGUUACGCAUGGCGGCGUCACAGGCUCCGGCGGUAACGGACGUGAUACUCUGGGGAAGAGGCUUCUGAGCUUGGUGUUCUCGAAACGCAGUGCCGUGAUUUCCAUAAGGAAAUGGAAAGAAGAAGGCCAUACGGUCCGCAAGUACGAGCUCAACCGUAUUGUCAAGGAACUUCGCAAACACAAGCGCUACAAGCACGCAUUGGAGAUUUGUGAAUGGAUGACUUUACAGCAAGAUAUUAAGCUGUUACCCGGUGAUUAUGCCAUUCAUUUGGACUUGAUUGCUAAAGUUCGUAAUUUAGCUAGUGCAGAAAAGUUCUUUGAAGAUCUUCCUGAUCGGAUGAGAGGGCCAGCAACUUGCACAGCUCUUCUCCACACCUAUGUCCAGAAUAAGAUGUCUGCUGAAGCUGAGGCACUGAUGGAAAAAAUGUCAGAAUGUGAUUUCUUGAAGAAUCCCCAUGCUUAUAACCACAUGCUAUCUCUGUACAUUUCUAAUGGGCAAUUGGAGAAGGUUCAAGGACUGAUUCAGAAGCUAAAGAUGAACACUUCGCCUGAUGUUUUUACUUACAAUCUAUUGCUAAGUGUAUGUGCCUCACAAAACAAUGUGGAAAGUGCAGAAAAAACAUUUAUUGAGUUGAAGAAAGCGAAAAUAGAACCAGACUGGGUGACAUACAGUGCAUUGACCAAUUUGUACAUGAAAAAUGAGCUCCUUACAAAAGCGGCAUCUACUUUGAAUGAGAUGGAGAAGAGGGCUUCUCGCAAAAACCGCCUUGCUUAUUCCUCCCUCCUCACUUUGCGUACAAACAUGGGGGAUAAAGAUGGGGUUCGACGAAUUUGGGAAAAUAUGAAGUCAUGCUUUCGCAAAUUGAAUGAUGCUGAAUACAUGAGCAUGAUAUCUUCACUUGUGAAGCUUGAAGAUCUUGAAGAAGCUGAAAAGGUAUACACGGAAUGGGAAUCAGUUUCUGGAACUCGUGAUUCUAAGCUAUCUAAUGUACUUCUUGCGGCUUAUAUCAAUAGAAACCAGAUGGAAAUGGCUGAAAAGUUUUCCCAACGGAUGUUGCAGAAGGGCAUCACUCCUUCUUACACUACUUGGGAGCUUCUUACGUGGGGCAAUCUGAAAGAGAAGCGCAUAGAAAAAGUAAUAGAUUGCUUUAAGAAGGCCCUUGGCUGUGUGAAAAAAUGGAAUGCCGAUAGAAAGUUGGUUAGAGAUAUACUGAAGAUGCUUGAAGAACAGGGGAAUAUUGGAACAGCAGAGCAGUUUUUGGCCAUUCUACGGGGUGCUGGCCAUGUGAGUACUGAGGUAUAUAAUUCUCUUUUACGUACUUAUGCUAAUGCAGGAAAGAUGCCACUUAUAGUUGCAGAGCGUAUGGAAAAGGAUAAUGUGCAGUUGGACGAAGAGACACAUGAGCUCAUAAAAAUGACCAGCAAAAUGUGCAUAAGCGAAGUUCCAACUCAUUAUUCCUAAGUAGAAGAAAUUUGAGGUAAGAAAAUCAUGUUGAAGGUAUGAGUGCUUUGUCACUGCAUGUGUAGUGAAAAAUUCUCCAUCUAGUUUUGGCUGAAUACUAUCUCACUGUGCAUCUCAAGGAAGCAAUUGAUGAAAGGCUGAAGAGUCCUUUGCCAUCAAUGAUAGACAAAUUGUUUAUCAUGAAUGCAGUUAUUUGGAAUUAUGUUAGAAUCAUUGGAACUAUCGAGAUAAAACAUUGUGAGGAUGCCUAGAUACUCAUCCAAAGAGAAUUUUGCUGCGAUUUUUUCGCCCUCUUUGUUCAUUUUACUCUGUUUUAUAUUAUGCUGACCGUUGUAUUAGGUCUGUUGAUUACAGAUUUGAAGUGGAUUGGUUAUGCAAUUCGUCAUUUAAUUUUCCUA